AUGCCAGAUCUGCUCAGCAAAGAUUUCAGAUUCCAGGAUAUUUAUAAAGAUCGUGCGAGAUUAACGUUUACCAAAGGCACAGAUCAGAGAUACAGAAACUAUCUUGUUCCAUAUGAGCUAGAUCCAAACAAAGAGAUGCCUACGAGCAUGCAGCGGAUUAAUCAAAACAUACUUUUCCAGAUUGUGGGAAUCCGGGAUGUCAGUGUUUCCAUUAUCAACUAUAUCGACCGGCUGACGGAGUUGACCGACGUAAACUCAUCAUUUGCCGACAGGCAGAGGAAGAACACCGGCGCGUCGAAAGUCGUGCGGGCUGUGGACGUCGGGAGAGAGGACGAGGAUGAAGAUGCGCUUGAGGACGAGUCGCGACUUAAGAAGUUUGACCAUCGUCUGUUUAAGUUGACGCUUCAGGAUGCAUUUGGUAAUUUGUGUUUCGGCAUGGAGACCGAGCCGUUGCAAUUUCUCCGCCGGAGCGGGCAACUCUACCCGGUACCAUUGGGAUCAAAGCUUCUGGUAAAAGGCGGGUUGACGUCUUCGCUGUUUGGAUGUAUACAGCUGUCGGCACGAAAUACAAAAUACUUAGGGGGAGAACUCGAUUACAUGAACUACGAGUUAUUUGAGCGAGAGCUUGUACGGCUCAAGAAGGAGAUACAUUACGGGGAGAAGUGA